GCAGCAGUUUGGGGAGGGGAGGGGUUGAGCUUGUCUGUGGACUGGGAGGGUGGGUUUGAGCAGUACAGCAAGGCUCCCAUCCAAUCUGUAGCAGCUGGGUGUCUUGUUACUACUUCCCUACUUGACAUGAGUUCGGUGUUUGCAGAAGUUGGGGGAAUCAGGAAUAAAGGUGCAGGAUAAACACUACAUCUGGUUGUUUGUCCAGGAUACGCAGCUGGACUGACCCUGCAGUGGGACUAUGUGUAACGAAACAGAGUCAUGCCCGUUUCCAGACAAAUAUGAAGCCAUCCUCUUCCCUAUCAUCUACAGCAGCGUCUUCAUUGUCGGGCUACUGGGCAACCUGACAGCAGCCGGAGUUAUUGUCCAGCUAAUCAAGGAGAAGAACAUCUUGGGUGUCUAUCUGGCCAACCUUUGUAUCUCUGACCUCAUGUACAUCUUCACUCUUCCCAUCUGGAUAGUCUACACAGCCAAGGAGGACUGGCUCUUCGGUACUCUCUGUUGUAAGAUCGUGGGCUUCUUCUUCAAUGCCAAUCUCUACACCACUAUCACCUUCCUCAGUUGUAUAGCCACAGACCGCUGUAUUGCCACAGUCUUUCCACUCCGUUCACGGGCCAUUCGAAGCAUGAGGAAGGCCUUGGUGACUUGUUUGGUGGUGUGGCUGCUAAUCCUCGGAUCUCACUGUUACUUCUUGAGCAGAGAUGAUCUGUUUACCUCGAGCCAUAACGUGGAGCUCUGUUAUGAGAAGUAUCCCAUGGAGCAGUGGAUGGCUCAUCUAAACUAUUUCCGAAUCUUUGUGGUUUUUCUCAUCCCGCUUGUUCUCUUUCUCUUUUCCUACUGCUCUAUAAUCCGAGUUAUUCAGAAUGUGUCCACCUUGGAAAGUGAGCAUAAGAGGAGGAUUACUGGCCUCCUUCUCACCAUGACCGCCAUCUUUAUCAUCUGCUACCUCCCUUACCAUGUGAUUCUCUUUAUCCGUUCCUAUGUGAGUGACUUCAAAUACUGCAGCUGUGAGAUUGAGAAGCUUGUCCGCCCAGCAUACCGCAUCUCCUUUGUCCUCACUAGUAUCAGCAGCGCCCUUGAUCCUUUCCUUAAUAUCUUUGUUAGCGAUGGAGUGAAGCGGGACCUGAUUGUGGAGCUCAGAGCUAUCUGGUUUUGUUUGCUACACCGUGGGAAAAAGAACAAAAGCAAAAUGAGGUUGAGAGCCCGGAACGAUUCUUCCAUGGCAUGUAGCGCUGACUGCGACUAUGCUGCAAGGUACGAGUCCACACUCUUCCCUAUUAUCUACGGACUGGUCUUUAUUUUUGGACUGCUCGGGAACUUGGCAGCAAUAGGUGUUAUCUACCAACAUGUGAAGCGAGGCAAUGUGCUCGGAGUGUAUCUGGCCAAUCUAUGCGCCUCGGACCUCAUGUACAUAUUCACUCUGCCGGUGUGGAUGGCCUACACGGCUAAAGACGACUGGUUGUUUGGUGCCCUCACUUGCAAGAUCGUGGGCUUCUUCUUCAAUGCUAACCUCUACACAACCAUCGCUUUCCUUAGCUGCAUAGCUGCUGAUCGCUUUGUAGCCACAGUCUUCCCAUUCCGGGCCAAGGUGUUACGGACGAUGAGAGGUGCUACCAUGGUAUGCGUUGUGGUUUGGCUGAUUAUUUUAGGGACACACGCUGUGUUCCUCGGACGGGAUGAGCUCUUCAACUCCACUCAGAACGUCAAGCUUUGCUACGAAAAGUAUCCAAUGGAGCAAUGGAUGGCUCAAGUCAACUAUUUCCGAAUCUUUGUAGUCUUCCUCAUUCCUUUGAUACUUCUAGUGGUCUCAUACUGUUCUAUUGUCCGUGUGGUUCACCGUAGCCGAGGCUUGGAGAAAGAACAGAAACGCAAGAUCAUUGGGCUUCUGAUGAUUAUGACAGCCAUCUUUGUAAUUUGCUACCUUCCGUACCAUAUCGUCCUUUUCAUCCGCUCCUACAUUAGUGACCGGAACAUGUGCACCUGCGAUUUAGAGUUUAAGGUACGCCCUGCUUAUCGAAUCACCUUCUCCCUUACCAGCCUCAGUAGUGCCUUGGACCCUUUCAUUAAUAUCUUUGUCAGUGAAAGCAUUAAGCAAGAUCUUCUGAAGGAGGUCAGAGCCGUAUGGACUGGGUUCCGGUCCCUUCGUAACACACGGACCUCUCUCAGGCUGGCAUCCAGGAUUAAUGACUACAAUACGGUAACAAACCAAGUUGAAAAUGAUAAUCUCCUGUUAGAAAAAAGGGGAGAGACUGCUAUUUGAACUAUACGGGGGACUUCUGGCUACUAUCUGACCGUUCACACAUUGAAUGAAAUGACUUGUGUGUUCUAUAGUGGCCAUAUGACUCUGCUCACAUAUACCUUAUCUAACUACAUUUCCAAUGUGUGUAUUUUAUUCCAAAAAGUGAUGUGACCAGUAUUCAAGCAAGAGACACCCCACAGACAUACAAAGUCUUCCAUCUUUUAUUCCUCUGACAAUUAUAUAACCAGACAUCGCCUGUAAAACUCCUGAAAACUGAAUUUUAUUUAACCUGUUGAACUCGGCCCCAUGGGAACAUAUGUGUUUACAUAUCUGUAUCUUUUUGUAAUAGCUGAAUAUCUGAUAAAAUAAAAUGUAAAUUUUUCACUUUC